UACUUCGGCUGCCUUCCUUCGCGUGCGCCGACUCGCGUUGCCUAUUCCUUGGCGCGCGAGGCAUCGCGCGCCUCGUCCGUCUCGCACGCGCUGGCCACCGCCCCCGCUACUCCUAGUCCUGCGCGGUCUGGGUUAUCCGUCUCGUACGCGCGCACCCUCGCGCGCUCCCCGCGCUCGCCGCCUAUCUCGCGCGCAUGUACCUCCCGCAUGCCUAAGCCCCCGAGGCUUAGGUCCCUGCCCGCGUCCGGACUCCACUCGCGCACCCUUGUGCGCGCCUCGCUUUCGCCGUCCAUCUCGCGCGCGUCCCGGCUACAGCCCGCGCCCCAAUCACCUACGGCGCAUCCUACCGCGUCCGCUUCUUCGCGCGUCGCACCCAUCGCCCGCGAGCUCCGAUCAUCUCCCGCGCAACCCCGUGCACCCGCGGCAUGGCCCGUACCGCUCACUCCCGCAGACCGCUCACUCGCGCGCCUAUGGCGCCCAGCGCUUUUAUCGCCGAACGCCAGCACGUCCCAAUCGACCUCCGUGACUUGCCCGCUUAUCGUGCACCUCCGCACAUCGUCCUGCUCUGUCCAACUGCGCGCAUCAUGGGCCGAUGCGUGCCCUUCGCCCAUUAGCCGGUCGCCGUCGCCCUUCUCGUCGGCGAUCGUCACCGUUGGUUCGGGCCAUGGAUCCCAACCCUUUAACCUCUCACAACCGUCCACCGGUAUCCACCAUCCUUUGUCAACCCAUCGCAAACCAUGCCUUCUAGCCUCCUUCUUUCGUGCUCGUUUCUUCCGUGUGCAAGGUUUACACCAACAGGGACGGGCGGACUUUCGAGUCCCGGAGCCGCGACGUGUGCCGGCGACCGUGGGCGCACCUAGUGCGAACGCGAGGCUGCCGGGCGCCUUUAGGCCACCAGCAACCGAGGUGAAGAGGUUUACGGAGGAGGAGAUGGCACGGAGACGUGAGAAGGGGUUGUGUUUUCGGUGCGAGGAAAAGUACACACCGGGACAUCGAUGCAAGCAGAAUUACUUGAUCGAGUUUGUGGACUCGGAUGACGAGGAGCCGGUGAUCGAGGAAGAACGAGAAGUGGAGGUCGAGGUGCACGAUGAUGAGGCCGAGAUCUCUGUACAUGCCAUGGCGGGCACCAAGGGGCCGAGGACGAUGCGUUUGCCAGCGUGGGUGAAGGAUCAGCGAGUGACUGUGCUCGUGGACAAUGGGUCGUCGCAAAACUUCAUUAAUGCAACGCUAUCUCACAAGCUUAAACUACCCACGUCCAUGGUCGAGCCAUUCGAAGUGCGGGUGGCUAAUGGAGAGAGACUGCGGUGCUCGAAGGUGUACCAAGGCGUGCCAAUCAAAUUUCAAGGAGUAACGGUAAAGGCGGACCUGUUUGCCUUACCAUUGGUAGGACCUGAUGUGGUGCUUGGUGUGCAAUGGCUCGAAGGGCUCGGUGACGUAACGACCAACUAUCGGAAGGGCGUGAUGAAGUUCGAGACCGAUGAUAGGUUGGUUACCUUGAAAGCGAGAGAGGGAUCGACCAAGGAGGUUGGUCUAAAAAACAUCGAGAAG